AUGUUCGCGGAGCUGCAUUUCUGCGAACCUUUGUCGAGUGUCGAGUCGAAGAUAUCUGCCCGUGGUGUGAGGGCUGCUGACGCAUCGUCCAAGGUUUUCGAUCGAUUCCGGCAGGAUGCCAUCACAGCGAUCUACAGUGCCCAGGAGGAAGCCUUGAGACGCAGUCACGGAGUGGUUUCCACCGAACUCAUCAUCUUCGGAAUUUUCUCUGAGGAGCAGAAGGGUGCCAACCUUAUAGCCAAGACUGCUUUGGUUCGGAAAGGCAUUACUCGCGAGGCCUUGAAGCGCUUCAUCGCCACCAGCCCAAAACCCGUGUCAGACACACCAGGAUCUGGUUCCCUGCCAUUCAGCGAGAAUGCCAGGCUGCUUUUCGACACAGCGAAUGAAGGCUCGGUUGGCAACACAGAAGUCGGCUGCGAGCAGCUGCUUCUGGCCCUCGGCGAUGACAGGCUGGCCGAAAGCGGUGGGGCCAAGAUGCUUGCAGGCCUUGGGCUUUCGGGAAGUGCCCUACAAGAAGCCGUCUCAGAAGCGGCGUCAGCACCUGGGGCACCAGAGCGACAGCUCGCCGCCGUCGGGGCGGAUGAGUCGAGCGAGUCCGACAUGACGCUGGAUGAAGUUGCUACAGAUCUGACGCAAAUGGCGUUGGAUGGUUUGCUGGAUCCAGUGGUUGGUCGGCAGGAGGAGACGGAUCGGAUCAUCCAAAUCCUGCUGCGCAAGCGUAAGAACAACGCUUGCCUUGUGGGUCCUCCUGGCGUCGGGAAGACCGCAGUGGUCGAAGGCCUGGCCAUUCGCAUUGCCGAGGGCAAGGUGCCAAAUCGCCUGAAGGGGAAGCAGGUUUACUCUCUCGACUUGGGCCAGCUUGUCGCUGGCACGAAGUACCGUGGGGAGUUUGAAGACCGUUUGAAAAAGGUCAUCAACGAGGUGACCAGUGACGAGCGGGACGUCUGCCUCUUCAUCGACGAGAUCCAUCAGAUCGUGGGAGCUGGUGCUGCAGGUGCAGACUCCUCCAUGGACGCGGCCAACCUUCUCAAACCCUCACUUGCACGUGGUGAGCUGCAAGUGAUUGGGGCAACCACAGCAGAUGAGUACACGAAACAUAUCGAGAAAGAUGCAGCACUCGAACGCCGAUUCCAGCGCGUGAACUGCGAGGAGCCCAAGGUGGCCGAGAGCAUCGAGGUCUUGGAGGGACUCCGCCCUGCGUACGAGGCUCAUCAUGGAGUUCUCCUGACACCAGAAGCUCUUCAGGCUGCCGUGCGGCUAUCGGACCGCUGCUUGGCACAAAGAGAUUCGAAAGUCCACUUGUCGGGAAUGCACCAGCCAUCCCGUUUGUAA